AUGGCCGCCUCGCCCCGAGCGGCGAAGCUGGCGGCCAGCAGUCUCCAAACCCCAGUCAAUCCCAACAUCGGAGCGCGGGUCGCCCAUUACGAACGCAAAGACCCCUUAGAGUCCCUGUCGGCGGCGGCGGCGGCCUUGGAGGAGGAGGAAGAGGAGGAGGAGGAAGAGGAGGAGGAGGCGGCGGAAGCGCGGCUGUCGCGGGCGCCGGCUGAUUUUAACACCAGCAUUUAUGGGGUGAAUGAACAAAAACAUAUAAGCCCUGAGGAUUUUGUGGACUUUUCUGAUGUUUACCACUCUAAUGAAGAGUACUUCAGGAAACUAGAAGAGCUGAAGGCAGCUCACAUAGAAACUAUGGCAAAGUUAGAGAAAAUGUACCAGAAUAAAUUAAAUUUAAAGGAAGUUCAGCCAGCGAUCGCCAGGGAAGAAGCUGCUAGUAUAUCUUCUGGGUCUGUAUCAGAAAAGAACUCCCCUCGCCCUGUCUCGUUAAUGACAUCGAUUUCAGAGCCUGAUUUAGGUCAGUCUUCCUCCUUGAUUGUGUCUUCCUCUGAAGAUGAGUUGCCCAACUUAGAAAAAGAGUAUUCCGAGAAAAGCAGAAUGAUGACCUACGCUAAGGAGCUCAUCAACAACAUGUGGACAAACUUCUCUGUUGAAGAUUAUAUUCAGUUUGAAGACGCUGACCUGCCAGGACUUGAAAAAAAAAAAAAGAAACCAAAAGAAUGGGUGCCAAAGAUUACAGUACCUGAGCCUUUUCAAAUGAUGAUUAGAGAGCAGAAGAAAAAAGAAGAGAACAUGAAAUCUAAAUCAGAUAUUGAAAUGGUACGCAAACUGCUCAAAAAACAAGAAGAAGAAUCAGAGUGUAAGAAAAAAUUCCGAGCCAACCCAGUUCCUGCGUUCGUCUUUCUCCCCCUUUAUCAUGAUAUAGUCAAGCAAAAUGAAGAAAGGAGGAGGUCUAUGAAAGAGAGAAACAAAGAAGCUCUUUUGGCCUCACAAAAGCCGUUUAAGUUUAUUGCGAGGGAGGAACAGAAGCAAGCAAUUCGGGAAAAGCAGCUGAAAGACUUUUUUAAGUCUAAAAAGAAAGCAAACCGAUUUAAAGCCAGACCUAUACCUCGAUCUACUUAUGGUUCAACUGUCAAUGACAAGUUAACAGAAGAAGAGCUCUAUAGAAACAUUAAGAUGCAGCAGAGAACCCAAGACCUUUUACAGAAUUCAUUCCCUCUGCCUUGUAGUCCAGCUCGCAGAAGUUAUGCUACAAGGAAGCCCAAGUGUCCUGAACAGGCUGAAAAGUCCAAGUGUAAACACAAGAUUAGGGGCCAGACUGCUGAUUCUGAAGACCUUCCUGAGAGAUAUCGGAAACACCACUCAGAACAGAAGUGUCCAAAACUCCUGACAGUCUGUGAACCAUCUGACCUUCAUGCAGCCUCACAUGUAUCCACUAAAAGAGAGAAAAUCUUGGCAGACAUUGAAGCAGAUGAAGAAAAUUUAAAAGAAACACGUUGGCCUUAUCUGUCUCCAAGGCGCAGGUCACCAGUAAGAAGUACAAAUGCAAAGCCUGCGCCUUGUAACUGCAACCCUCCAAUGCCCACGGUGUCUUCCAGGGGAAGAGAACAAGCCACAAGGAGAUCACUUGAGGAAAAGAAAAUGUUGGAAGAGGAGAGAAAUCGGAUCCUAACUAAGCAGAAGCAAAGAAUGAAAGAAUUGCAGAAACUCCUGACAACCCGGGCUAAGGCUUAUGACUCACAUCAGAGUUUAGCUCAAAUGUCUAAAUCCAGAAUAAAAUCUCUCAGAAAGAGUGAAAAGGAAAGGAUGAGAGAAUACCGACAAGAACUAGAAGAAAGAGAAGAAAAACUAAAAAGCAGGCCGCUGCUAUUCGAAAGAGUUGCUCAGAAAAAUGCACGAAUGGCAGCAGAAAAGCAUUAUUCUAACACCUUAAAAGCACUAGGAAUAUCUGAUGAGUUUGUUUCAAAGAAAGGCCAAAGUGGAAAAAUAUUUGAGUACUUCAGCAAUCAAGAGAUGAAAAGUUUCACUGAAGAUAAAGAAAGCUUUAAUGAAGAAGAAAAAAUAGAAGAAAGAGAGAAUGGGGAAGAAAAUUAUCUUACUGAUAGCAACAGCCAAGAUUCUUGCAAGGAAACAGGGGAAGCCAACGAAGAGAGUGGAGAAGAGAAAUGUGUUGAAGAAUAAAACUGAAUCCAUCGGCAGGAUAUCCUCUCUGUGUUCCUGCUGUUGUUGGCAGCAUUGGGCAUCAACAGCCACGCUUGUGGUGUUGAGGACGUCUAUGGGAACCCGUCUAAUACGUGCAAGUCUCUUGAGCAAAGUCCUCGUGUAGCCUGAAAAGGCUGAAUCCAGCUGAUGGAUCAUUUGGUCAGUUAGAGUCAGGCUUUGCCUGUUAUUAAAAUCACUACGUAUGGUCUGUUUGCAACUUUGAUCUUACUGCUGUUUUUAAAAAGUGUUUGAGAAUCACAGCUGUCACAAACUGAUUAGGUAUAAAAAUAUGCAUUACUUCAUCAUUUUGGGUGGAAAAAUUGCUUAGCUUUGAGAGCAGUGGGAAGUAUUGGCCUUUGGUGAUUUGCUUGAAAAAAAAGUUCUGGAA